GGAAUCCAAAGAACCGAAAACACAUGCUGCAAGUCAAUAUUGAAUCAAUUCACCAUAAACCUACAAGGAUCUAGGGAUGGCAGAUGGUUUUGAGGACGAUUUAUUUAACGUGUUUGAUGGAGCUGAAAGUAAGCAACAGCCAAGUACAUCGAAAGGGGGUGGCCCUCCAAAGUCUGAUGCCACAAGAACAGAGGAACUCUUACAGAGCAUUGUAAGCAAUAAACGAGCGGCAGAAGAAAAUGUGGAGGAGGAACAACAUCAGGCCAAAAAACAGAGGGCAGAGGUCACACGGAAAACAGAGGUCAUGUCCAGAAUCCAGGUCCACCGAGUAGAGACAGUAGAGGCCUGCUUACACGAGGUGGCUAUUCCCCCGGAGGCCGAGUUUGUGCCCCUGAAGCCCAUGAUGGAGAAGCCUGCCAAGGAAUACCCCUUCAUCCUCGACCCAUUCCAGAAAGAGGCUCUGUUAUGUCUGGAGAACAAUCAGUCUGUCCUGGUGUCCGCUCACACAUCGGCUGGGAAAACUGUCGUCGCUGUUUAUGCCAUUGCGAUGUCUUUGCGAGAUAAACAGAGAGUAAUCUACACCUCCCCGAUUAAAGCCCUCAGUAACCAGAAAUACCGGGAACUUUACGAGGAAUUCCAGGACGUGGGUCUGAUGACCGGUGAUGUCACCAUAAACCCCACGGCCAGCUGUCUGGUGAUGACCACAGAGAUUUUGAGGAGCAUGCUGUACAGGGGGUCAGAGGUCAUGAGGGAGGUGGGCUGGGUCGUGUUUGAUGAAAUUCACUACAUGAGAGACAAAGAGAGAGGCGUAGUUUGGGAGGAGACCAUUAUCUUACUCCCUGACAACGUUCACUACGUCUUCCUGUCGGCCACCAUACCUAACGCCCGACAGUUCGCUGAGUGGAUCUGUCAUCUCCACAAACAGCCCUGUCAUGUUGUGUACACAGACUACCGCCCCACACCUCUACAACAUUACAUAUUCCCUUCAGGAGGAGAUGGAAUACAUUUGGUGGUGGAUGAAAAUGGAGAAUUCAGGGAAGAGAACUUCAGUACAGCAAUGUCAGUGUUACGUGACGCAGGGGAGGCCGCCAAGGGGGACCAGAGGGGCCGCAAAGGGGGAUUUAAAGCUCAAGAGUCCAACUGCUUUAAGAUUGUGAAGAUGAUCAUGGAGAGAAAUUUUGCCCCAGUUAUUGUGUUCAGCUUCAGUAAAAAGGACUGUGAGGCGUACGCCAUGCAGAUGUCUAAACUGGACUUUAAUUCAGAGGAGGAGAAAGGUUUAGUGGACGAGGUGUUUAACAACGCUAUAGAUAACCUGUCAGACGAGGACAAAAAACUACCACAGGUGGAGAAUGUGUUACCUCUACUGAGGAAAGGAAUAGGAAUCCAUCACUCUGGUCUGCUACCCCUGCUGAAGGAAACCAUUGAGAUUUUGUUUUCUGAGGGCCUUAUAAAGGCCCUGUUUGCCACAGAGACUUUCUCCAUGGGACUUAACAUGCCGGCGAGGACCGUCCUGUUUACAGCGGCACGCAAGUUUGACGGCAAGGACUUCCGCUGGGUGACCUCGGGAGAAUACAUUCAGAUGAGCGGACGAGCAGGUAGACGUGGAAUCGAUGACAGAGGAAUCGUCAUCCUGAUGGUCGACGAAAAAAUGAGUCCUUCAGUCGGCAAGCAGAUUGUCAAGGGCCAGGCUGAUCCUCUGAACUCUGCCUUCCACUUGACGUACAACAUGGUACUUAACUUGUUACGUGUGGAGGAGAUCAAUCCAGAAUACAUGUUAGAGAGGUCAUUCUAUCAAUUCCAGAACUACGCCGCCAUACCAGAUCUCUGUGAGAAGCUGAAAGAAACAGAGGAAAAGUACAAAAAACUGAAGGUAGAAAACGAGGACAGUGUGGCGGCGUACUACAAAAUCCGUCAACAGCUAGACAACCUAGGCAAGGAGCUCCGAUCCUACAUACAGAAACCACAGUAUAUACUACCCUUCCUACAGCCUGGUAGAUUAAUACAGGUGAAGAAUGAAAAUGAUGAUUUUGGAUGGGGAGCAGUCAUUAAUUUCCAAAAGAAAGCAAAUCAGAGUAAAACUCCCUCGGGAUCAGAAUCGUCAUACGUAGUGGAGGUUUUAUUAAACCUCUCAAAAGAAACUUCCCGAAGUAAAGAUGUGAACGCAAUCAAACCGUGCCCUAAAGGAGGAAGGGGAGAGAUGCAGGUUGUACCUGUUCUUGUCCGCCUGGUACAGGCCAUUAGUGCAGUAAGGUUAUACAUACCUGGUGACCUCCGACCUUUAGACAACAGACAGAGUGUGCUGAAGUCAAUACAGGAAGUAGAGAAGAGGUUCCCUGACGGGGUGCCAUUGCUGGAUCCAAUAGAAGACAUGGGGAUCAAGGAGAAAGGCCUCAAGGACAUCGUCAGGAAAAUUGAAGCUUUUGAACAAAGAAUGUACUCCCAUCCACUUCAUAAAGAUGGCAAUUUGAAGAGUCUGUACCAACAAUAUCAAACCAAAGCACAGGUUGGAAAUGAGAUAAAGGCCUUAAAAACAGAACUCAAGAAAAAGAAAUCACUGCUACAGAUGGACGAGUUAAAAUGUCGUAAGCGGGUUUUACGAAGAUUGGGUUACUGCACGGCAUCUGACGUCAUUGAAUUGAAAGGCAGGGUAGCUUGUGAGAUCAGCAGUGGAGACGAGUUACUGUUAACAGAGCUCUUAUUUAACGGUGUGUUUAAUGACCUGAGCUAUCAGCAGUGCUGCGCCCUGGUGUCCUGUUUUGUGUUCCAGGAGAAUGCGGGUAAUGAGAUGCCCAAACUAACAGAGGAACUUUCCGGUCCACUCAGAAUCAUGCAGGACACAGCAAGGAGGAUUGCGCGAGUGAGUAUAGAGGCCAAGUUAGAACUGAAUGAGGAAGAAUACGUCACACAAUUCAAACCUCACAUGAUGGACGUCGUGAACUCCUGGUGUAACGGCGCCUCGUUCGCUCAGAUCUGUAAACUGACCAAUAUAUUUGAAGGCAGUAUUAUCCGUUGUAUGAGGCGUUUGGAGGAGACCCUUCGACAACUUAUGCAGGCAGCUAAAGCUAUUGGAAAUGCGGAACUUGAAAACAAAUUUGCUGAAGGGAUCAGGAGUAUCAAGAGAGACAUUGUGUUUGCUGCCAGUUUAUAUUUGUAGUGUACAAUAACAUCAAAGUACUAAAAGUACUGACAGGUGCUAUUAACAGUCCAGCUAGACUUGUAGUGCUCAGUUCAUCAUAGUACCAAGGCACACACCAAGAGGAACUAAAAUCAGUCAAGCUACAUCUGUAGUCUGCAUCCGCAAUGAGUGACAACUGGCAGGCAUGAUAUAAACCAUCAUUAAUCACAAUAUAUGUUCUGUGGGAAAGGUGAUUUCAAGCAUCGUUAACCCCACAGAGAGAAACAGUAAAUCAGAAGACAAUUUUUAGCUCUGGUGAUCAAGAAAAUGCUU